GAUAGCGGGUCACGCGGUCUUCACUGUUAUGAUUCGCAGCGCGGACAGGCGGUGCGGAGAUGGCGGAAGACUGGAAGUCCGAUUAAUUGCCUCAAGAUACCCUACGACUCGGGGAACAUCUGUUGUACGAAAGUAGAUAUUGGGAAAUGCGGUAAAGCUGGCGGGGUUUUACGGUACUCGAUACCUUCCGGAUGACAUGGAGGUGUCGGCGGAGGGAGAGGCGGAAGAGCGCCGGAGGGAGCACUGGAAGCUGCUGUCCAGUCUAAAGACUACGGUGGAGGGUCUCGUGUCCACCAACAAUCCCAAUGUGUGGUCACGUUAUGGCGGCUUGCAGCGGCUUCACAAGGACAUGAACAACAUCUUGAGCCAUGGGCUGAAGAAUGAGCAGGUGUACUACAAGCAGAGAGACUACUGGCCGUUUGUGUGGUGCGUUCGCUACAUCAGCCCUCACCUCGCCUCGCACGUUGAACAGUUCAGUCGACUGGAGCCGGUGCUGAGCAGCGGGAUGCAGAGUACUGGUGAGAGCUACAAGGCCGAGCGAUGGCUCCUUCACAGCUUACAGGUUCACCUGCUGUCGGCUCAGCUCCGGCCUCUGCUCCGGCACCUAGGGCACACACGGAAAUAUUAUAAUGAGGAUGCCUUUCUGCUGAGCGAGCCCCAUGUGACCGCCAUGUUCCAGUGUCUGGAAGCCGUGGAGCAGAAUAACCCCAAGCUGCUGGCCCAAGUAGACACUUUCGGGCUGUCCCGUCUGAAGGGCCCACCAUGUCCGGGCCUUUUGAAGAGCCAGAGCCUGUGUGUGUUACCUGGGGCCGUUUGGAGGAGCGCUGACUCGGCUCCCACAGGAGACUCUCUAAAUCGUAGACUCGCCACCUCCAUCUGCUCCCUCGGAGAAACGGUCGCCACCAGCCACAACUCGGGGAACACAAGUGGAGUGGGAUCCCAAAACAUCAGCACAAAUGCUUCCUUUCCAGCCAGCAGCCAGGGAGCUCCGUGGGCGUGUGUCUCCAAGCCAGGCGAGAAGGAGAGGGUUGUGACGCCGCCUCCUGGCUCCGUCUCGGUCCCCAGCAUCUCUCUCUCGGAGCCCCUCUCCCCUCCCCUUCAGACUAAGGGCGGGGACUCGGGUGGAGGCGACUAUGACGAUGGUCCGGAGUACCUGGCUAUUGGUAACCUGGGGCAACGCAGCCGCUCUGACUCCCGAAACUCCACCUACAGCAGUGAGCAGGGCAUCACCCCGGGCAAGUCUGUGCAACAGACUGCCGUAGCUCCGCCCCCACACAGACGCUCGUCUUUCUCAGAGGGUCAAAGGGGUCCGGGCCGGGGGCCCAGGGGACACACCCGCUCCUUUUCCGACACCAGGGUCAGUCAGAAAAUUAAGAACGAAUUUGCUGAGGACGACUCCUGUACAAAGAGUUACAGCCCUUUCUCGUCUCAGUCUGAAGAUACCAGCUCUCCCGGUUCCCUCUACAUGGGGUCUCAUAUGUCCCAGUGCGACCGUGUUUCCGAUGGGAUGUUCAGGAAACCGUCAGAGGGUCAGAGCCUCAUCAGCUACCUGUCAGAGCAGGACUUUGGCAGCUGUGCUGACCUUGAGAAGGAAAAUGCUCAUUUCAGCAUUUCAGAGUCCCUGAUUGCCGCCAUCGAGCUGAUGAAGUACAACCUGCGACGUCAGGAAGAGGCGGGCGAGGAGGAGGGAGACAGCGACUCUGAGAUUCAGCAGCUCAAACAGAAGAUCCGACUGCGCAGGCAGCUGAUCAGACGCAGCCGUCUGCCGCCCUGUGCAAACCACCAGCACACAACCUUUCACUCCACUGACAGCGGAUGCUCCAGGAGGAGCUCUCAGGACUCCUACCAGGGCCUCUCUGACUCCGGCUCGGCUGAGGAGGUGGAGGAGUGCGAACUACGAGAUGGCUGUGAGGGUCAGUCCCUGCUGGCGGUGUCUCAGAAUGGCCUCUCCCUGUCACUCGCCUCCCUCUUCUCAGAUGCAGACAUUAAGCGCAGCAUAAGCUCCAGUAGCAGGUCUUUUCUCAGCUCUGAGUCAAUCUCUCCGUCCUUCCUCCAGUCUAACUCUGCUGAGUCGGUAGCCAUGGGCUUACUCAGGCAGUUUGAGGGCAUGCAGCUUCCUGCAGCCUCUGAGCUCGACUGGCUGGUCGCAGAACACGACGCUCCACAGAAGCUGCUGCCCAUCCCCGACUCUCUGCCGAUCUCGCCUGAUGAUGGCGAACACGCCGACAUCUACAAGCUGAGGAUCCGGGUUCGAGGAAACCUGGAGUGGGCGCCGCCCCGACCGCAGAUCAUCUUCAACAUUCAUUCCGCCCCCAAGAGGAAGAUACUUGUCGCGAAACAGAACUACCGCUGCGCUGGCUGUGGUACCCGCGUCGACCCGGAUUAUAUCAAGCGAAUGAGGUACUGCGAGUACCUCGGACGUUACUUCUGCCAGUGCUGCCAUGAGAACGCCCGGGCGGUGGUUCCCGGCCGAGUGUUGAGGAAGUGGGACUUCAGCAAGUACUAUGUCAGCAACUUUGCCCGGGACCUGCUAAGCAAGAUUGCCGGUGAUCCGCUAUUCAACCCCAGUGACAUCAACAGCGGCCUGUACAAGAAGGUCAAAGCUCUGGAGGCCGUUAGGGUUUUGAGAGUGCAGCUGUUUCAUAUGAAAAACCUCUUCAAGACCUGUCGCUUUGCUAAAGAGGUGCUGGAGCAGUUUGACAGCCUGCCAGGGCACCUGACCGAGGACCUUCAUCUCUUCUCCCUCAGUGACCUCACUGCUGUGCGCAACGGGGAAUUGGCUCCCAGGAUGAAAGAGCUGCUCAAACUUGGCGCCACGCAUGUACCCGCCUGCGUGCUGUGUCAGGCAAAGGGCUUCGUGUGCGAGUUCUGCAGCAACGACAAAGACAUCAUCUUCCCCUUCCAGUUGAACAAGUGCCAGCGUUGCGAAGAGUGCCACGCAUGUUACCACAGCGGCUGCUUCCGCCCGGGCAAAGACUGCCCUCGGUGCCGGCGGCUGGCAGAGCGCCGAGAGAGGAUGGCACGCAAAAACAUGGAGGAACAAGAAGACGAGGGAGGCGGGCCCUAGUGCCCGGUAACAGAAGACCCGAAAGGAGAGCACCAUGCGACCAUGAUUGUAGUGACGCACGGCCUUUAUAUUCCAGUCCUCUCACACCCGGGUGACAAUGCGGCAAACUAAUGCUUUAAUCUCAAGAGACGUGCAGCAUUUUACUACAUCGGUUGUUUGUUGCUGUUCACACACAUUUAGCAGAAGCUAUUCCACUUUCACACAAGCACUUUACUUUUUUGUGUCACAGUAAUUUAUGGUUUUUGAGUUCAUUUUUUACCUUUUUUGGGAGUGUUGUGACUUUUAAAAAGACGUCGUCAUUUUUAAAUGGUGAUUUCUUUAAAAAAAAAUCUUCCACUUGAGAUUGGCUCAUACUUAAUAUUUAAUGGAUAAUUAUUCAUACACAUUUCCUUGCACACAAGUACAACUAUAGCAUUUAAAAAUAUUUUACGUGCAGGAAAGAUUUUUUUGUGAGCCAGAUGCAGUUACUUGUGUGAAAAGAGUCACUAAACGUUUUGGCACUUAUUUUUCUAUUGCGGUAUAGAAUCUAUUAUUAAACUAUUUGGGAUUGAGCUAAAUCAGAAAAGAAAAUAUCCGAUCAGACUAUUUUACCUCUUUCAGUUGCAGCAUUUUGGCAGCUGCUUCAGUUGUAAUGAGUCGAUUGGCUACUGGCUUAGCUGAAGUUUGGAAAAAAUGUAAAUCUCUUUAUUUUUUUGACAGAUUUUUCCAUGCAGAUACUGUAUUCGAGCGAUCCGGCUCUUUUUAAUAUUGAGAUUCUUAUUUUUGUCUGAAGAUAUGUUUAGCAUAUCCUUUCCUUCCCACGCUCUUGCUUUCCAGUUUCCAGAUGUGGCUGGAACGGCCAGUGGAGUUACAUUUGACAUGUUGAGUUCACAGACGGACUGGACUUUUCGGUUCGUGCUGCAAACGUAUGAAACUGCAAAUGCUCCAUUUUUGUGCCGCUGUGAGAAAGGGUAUCAGAGUUUUGCGUGCGUGCACAUGUCUACCUGCUGUAUAUGCGGCCAUGCACGAAAGGUUUGCACCAGCCUAAUCAGCACUUGUUUCUAACGUUGCAGGUUUUGGAAUAAUGGAGUGGAGUUAAUUGCACUGAUCCGUCUGUGUUGUUGUUGUUGUCGUCGUGUGGGGGGUGGGGGGGGGGGGGGGCUGGGACGUCCCCAUCUAUCUAGAUGUUCGUUUAAGAACAUGAACCUUGAAUGAACUACAUUCAUGGAGUAGUUCAGUCCAAACAGUCGUACUCUCAUCGUGCACCAGCAUUGGUAUGUAAAUGUGUUCAGCGCAACUUGGACUGAAAUCCUUCAUAUGGAAUUGUGUCUUUUCUCCAAGAGAUAUUGAUCUACUACAGUGGUUCCCAGCAUUAUUGUCCCUUAAAAUAAGAUGUUUAGACUUAAGCAAAUGAGUAGCUGGGCCCUGCGGCUGGUUAGCUUAGCUUAAAGACUGGAAAAAGGAAAACAGUUAAAGCCUUGUUUAUAAAAAAACAUGCCUGUCAGCACUUAUAAAGCUCACACAUUGACAACAAUGUUUAAUUUUAUUUCUAGAGGCUUCGAAGCGUAACAGUUUUAUUCCAAUAGUUUCCUACUAUAAUGCAUAAAUUGUGUGAAAAGAAAUGUAAAUUUUACUAAACAAAUGCUCUUUUUUUUUUUUUUUUUUUGUUAUUUCCUCUAAUUUGAAUCGUCCGGUGACAAAUCAGACGCAUUUGUGACUCCUUCAGCACGUUUUCUGUGUACCAACCUCCUGAUAUAUUGGUCUUCAAAGUACAUACCGUCCUCAACAGGCUUUGCUUUAUGUCUUUAAGCCUUCAGGGGUUCAACACACUCUUAAGAGAACAUACUUAAAGCAAUAAAUGUGUUACUGAUGUUCCUAAGCUCCCACAGAGGAGUGUUAAAGAGACUAAAAGCACUGUCUUUAGGCUGCUUUUUAAAGGAUUUGAAGUGACCAGUCAACUCCACUGAAAAACCUCCCCAGCUCGGCAGACGGUUUCACAUGGAGGCGUUUAAAGUGCACUACGGAAAUAAGUGUGUAUAUAACUAUAAAAAAAUGUUAAUUUGUAUUUUUGUUAAUUUGUCUUUGUUCUUUAAUUGACAAUAAAAUAUUGGCCAGACUGUU